GACGCCGUCGUUAUCGCAACUCGUGAACCGCCAGCGGCUCGACUGCGGUUGCCUCUCGAGAGAAAACCAUAAAACACUGACAGAGAAUAAAACAAUAACUGCCACCGAACCAACCACCCCGACCUUACCAUGUCAGACAUUCUCGAAGCCAUCAAGGAUGCCGUUAACCCCAAGCGGCGCGAACAGGCCACGGUCGAGACAUACGACGCCCACAAGAGGGGGCCCUACCCCGACAGUGCCUCGGGGGGAAGCAGACAGCCCCAAGUCUCACCCCCGGCGGAGGCUCAGAACCCCGGCCACACGGAGCGGAAUGGCCCCGGCGUCGCCGCCGAUAUGCGCAAACCCCGCGCCGACUCGGCCUCCGGGCUGAUCGACUACGGGGCCACAACCGCCAAGCCUGUUCACAAGGAAGGCGGGAAAUACGGGCUUUCUUAGCGGUUUGCACGGUGCAAGAAACUGGGUGAUUCCUCAUUGCUUUCCCGGAUGGGGAGGAUUUCAGGGUCUGGGGGGGACUCGGGGGAGUCUGGCGUCGGUUCCUUUGUCAUUAGUACCUUCCAGCAACACGAUGACAUUUACCAAGUAUUGGAGCAAUAAUAUUAUAUAUUAAUAUGU